UAUAUAUAUUUAAAAUUUUUCAGUCGUUCGUUUUCUUUUCUCUCACGGGGAUAAACCAUAGCAGAAGCAUAGUUAUGUGUCGGUUAUGGCAAUUUCUAUAAUUUGGUUGAAGUUUGAAUUCUAGAUUUGCUUGUGUUGAAGGAGCUAAGAAAAGAGAUUGUUGAAGAUGGCUGCCGCCUCAUCAUCUGCUUCUUUCUUUCGGUCUAGGGAGGAAAAUCAAAACCAGAUGAUGCAACAAAAUUCAUCCACGGCUGCUCCAACCACUGCACCUCAAAAGAAAAAGAGAAAUCAACCUGGAGCACCAAAUCCAGAUGCAGAGGUUAUAGCACUAUCUCCCAAGACGCUAAUGGCAACAAAUAGGUUCAUAUGCGAGGUAUGCAACAAAGGGUUUCAAAGGGAGCAAAACUUGCAGCUCCACAGAAGAGGACACAACCUGCCUUGGAAGCUAAAGCAGAAGACUACAAAAGAAGUGAAGAGGAAAGUCUAUUUGUGCCCUGAGCCCACAUGCGUUCAUCAUGACCCUUCUAGGGCUCUCGGUGACCUUACUGGUAUCAAAAAGCACUACUCUAGAAAACACGGAGAGAAGAAAUGGAAGUGUGAGAAGUGCUCUAAGAGAUACGCUGUUCAAUCUGAUUGGAAAGCUCACUCAAAGACUUGUGGCACUAGAGAGUACAGAUGUGACUGUGGCACUCUCUUCUCAAGGCGUGAUAGUUUCAUCACUCAUAGGGCAUUCUGCGACGCACUUGCUCAAGAGAGUGCAAGGCAUCCUACCAGCCUGAGCACCAUAGGUACCCAUCUCUAUGGAAAUAACCACAUGUGCCUCGGCCUAUCUCAAGUGGGUUCUCAAAUUCCACCAUUGCAAGAUCAGAACCACCCAACUAGUAAUAUGUUGCGGCUGGGAAGCGUUGGAGCGGCCAAAUUCGAGCACAUAAUCCCUCCAUCCAAUUCUUCUUCCGCCUUCUUCAUGUCGGAUGCCAACCAAGUUUCAUGUCCAACUAAAUCCUUACAUGGGCUAAUGCAACUUCCUGAUCUUCAAAGCACCACCAACAACUCGUCUUCUACCAAUCUCUUCAACCUUGGCUACUUUUCAAAUAACGCAGCUGCUCCCAACCGAAUGAGUAACAGCGAUAAUGCCAAUUCAAGCACCACAACCAACAACUUGGUGAAUUACCGCUUCUUGAAUCCAAAUCCAUUCAACAAUGGCAAUGGUGGACAAGGGAUGACAACCCUUUUCGACAAUAACAUGGGUGAUCAUGUUGGGUCAGCUGGUAUCCCCUCUCUUUAUAGUAAAUCGAUGCAACAAGAAAACAUCACCCCUCACAUGUCUGCCACAGCAUUGCUUCAAAAAGCUGCUCAAAUGGGUUCAACGACAAGCAGCAACAAUUCUAAUUUGCUUAGAGCCCUGGGUGGCUCUCCAUCAACCGGCACUAAAUCCGAUAGGCCACCUCUUGUGUCUACUAAUAACUUCGGCAGCAAUAGUUUUGGCAAUGCAACUAUUGGGGAGGGUGGGCUAGGAGUACAGAUGGAAAGUGACAACCAACUUCAAGGAUUGAUGAAUUCUCUUACCAACGGGGGUUCUUCCUUUUUCGGUGGUGGACCCGGACAAGAUAACGGCUUCGGAGGGUUUACCAGCAGCGGAAUCUCAUUGGAACAGCCCCAUAAUAGCACGAAUUUUAGCAAUGUAGAGGAGGCAAAUUUGCAUCAAACUCUUGGCGUAGGGUCAGAUAAACUGACCUUAGAUUUUCUUGGCGUAGGGGGAAUGGUAAGAAGCAUUGGUGGAGGGCAGCAUGGCAUCAAUUUAAGCCCAGUGGACACAGAAAUAAAAUCGGCACAAGCAAUUAAUAAACCUUUUUGAAGGGCUAAAAGUCUUUGGGAAGAAAAACAAGGCAGAUCUGGGCAGUUGUAGGUAUGCAUGUAUGUUUGUCUUAAUCUAUCUUUGUGUGUGCACUCAUGAUAAGUUUAAGUGGAAAUCCAACCUCUCUCUCUCUCUCUCACACACACACACAAGCACAGUUAAUUUACUUCAUAGUCAAAUAGUCAUUGUAUGUUAACUAUUGAUCAGAUGAGACUCAUAUGAGAUUUACUAUGUAGAUGUAACAGUUGUAUUCUAAAA